GUUACUAGGUGACGCGUAAAUAAACAACAACGCCAGAAUAGUCAAAGUAAACAAAUGCUAUAUUCAACAUUAACACUGCUGCCUCCAAAUAACAUGUGUUAUGACAAAACGUUCGUUAGCACUGAUGAGUUUUGGUUUGUGUUUGGGUGGAAUACAGCCGAGCUUUCGCUUCGAGCUCGGAGGGAGUACUAGCAAGAUUCGAAUUCAAAGACCAAAAACUCCAACCUCUCAAAUCCCCUCUGGCAAACGCUUACCGGAAUCAAAAAUCCCGGAACUACUGAGACUGAACUGGAUUAUACGAAGUAUUUCUUCCCAGUAUCGAAACCGUUGGUUGCAUACGAGUUUCGUACAACUAGUGAAUACUAGUUGAUUUGCUUUUUUUACGAGAUUCUCGGUUUCAAAAUCUCAGGGAGGACUUUCGGGACCUAAUUGGGCACGACUAAGCGUAGUCAGUAUACUCUUUCUAUAAUUCACUGUAAUUUUGAAUUACUAGGUGUCAAUAUUUGGUCUUAUUUUCGAGCCAGGAAACUCGAAAUUAUUACACCGUCUUUUAUCAUUUUUAUAUCCAGGACGAGACUUUGUGUACAAACAGGUCUCUCCAAAAGCAUACAGUAUUGCAGAAACAACUUCUGAGGUUGCAAUCUUGCAACUUAAUUGUUAUAGUCAAAUACCCCGUUGAUCAUAUUGGUUCGUAUAUUCAUGCACCAUUGAAAACAGCACCAGGAUCAAGAAUUCUAAAAAAAGAACCCUCUUUGUUUUUUGUCUUGCUUAUAUUUCCUUGCAUUGCUAUCUUUUUUGUUUUACACGUUUCAGAUAUCAUCCUCUUGUUUCAUUCCAUGUCGGCGUGUCCAUUCACAGAGCCUUCCUUAACAGCUACGGCUAAUGGCGAGGCAGUAAUUCAACCCGGCUCACUAUUCCAGUCAAGUAAAAGAUCAUGUACCGAGUCAUCAGAUACCCUAAAGCCCUCCAAUGAAACUCUGGAUGGCGCAAAAAGCAUCACUGCUGCUUCCUUCGUCGUAGGACGAUUGGGAUUGGCAAAAAUUGUUUAUGAAGAAUUGGACGUUGGUAACAAUCGUUUAAGAAAACGAGAUGAUGGCUUAAUGACAAAAGUAUUAUCGCAAACAGAGAAACAAACCCAACGUGAACGUCGUCCCACAGACGCUAGGGAUGCAAUUCGUGGCGUACUUCGUAAACGUUCAAUGCGUAAACUGCCAAUUCGACCCUCAUCUGUAUCGCCAGCUGUUUCACUGCACUCGCCUGUUUGCUCGAACAGUUCCUCAUCAGUAGGGUCCAUUUCAAGAGAAACUGCGAGUCCAUUGACUCUUCCACCGAUAGAUAUUACACACUCUUUCCUCGACACGACAGAUCAGUCAUACGGACCCACCCUAGCGACCGAAGAUCAAAUGUCGGAAAUAAAUAAGAACACGUCGCCUUUGAAAAUCUCGGACUUUUUUAUGGAUGACGCCUCCUUUAAUGCCUGGUUCUGAGGAGGUAUUGACUCAUCGCGCUUCGCAUUUGAAAACCCUUCCUUCUUUAAUACCCUUGAUAAAUUCCUCGCAUUCAGUACAGGAGGAAAGUUUGCCCAAAGAUUAUCCGCUAUCUUAGUGCACGAGAAACAUGAUCUUGCAUAUAUCAUGCACUUGAUGAGAGAAACGUUUUUGCGUGUGCAAGCCGAAGACUCCUUACUGCAAUUCUUUUGUCCGUUUGUGUUUUUAUGUCUUUCAUCCGUUUAUGCUCCAUCCUUGGGUCGGGCAGAUGAAAUUUGUUAUGAUUUUAACUAUCUUUUCUACUCUACGACCUCCUUUUUUUUGCUGGUCUACAUUCGUGUGUACCUUUUUUGUUUGUUAAUUUUUUGUCAUUCCUAUAAACCUUAAAAGAAUUAUGAUUAUUUUGCUGUAAAAAAGAGUUUUUGGAGAGAGAGAGUAAUAGGG